AUGCCUUUCAACUUCUCAAAUCUCGCAAAGAGAGGUAAGUCCGGGGCCUCGAAGACCAACAACAACAAGCACGUCUUCGAAGCCGCCAAAGCCACGCCGCCGCCCCGGUAUGCUCCUGCUCCUUUCACCCCUCCCUCCUCUCCGUCUCCUUCUUCGGUGUAUUCGAGACCUGUGACCGCCACCAGCUUCGACUUCUGGCCAAGCGGACCUCGCGGACCUCGUCCUUCACCACCACCACCUCCUCCUGCUCCUCCAAUGGCAAGGACGGUGCCGGAUCGAGGUGACGCAGCAACCCCUGCCAGCUUCAGCUACGAUAACGGCACGGGCAGACUGCACGCCAGCCUCGUCCGGGAGCAGGGUCUGCCGCCUCACGUGCGCACGACCGAGCAGCUGGCCGACUUCAUCAAGAGCCGGCAAGGGGCUCUCUCCAACGCACCACCAUCAUCAUCCAUCCUCCGCGUCCCUCAGACUCCGUCAUGUCACUAUUCCUCAUCAGCCACAAGGACAUUCUACCACCCCCCAUCGUCGACAGGAUCGUACGAGCGCAUCCGGUUCGUGGCGGGCAUUCGGCACCGCUACGGCGGCGCGCCACCGGUGUCGCGGAUCCUGCCCGGCGCGACGCGCGCGCACAAGUACGAGGGUUUCUGGCUGAGACGUGGGACGACGCGCAAGGCCGACGCCGAGCGGCAGCAGAAGCGAGGAGGGUCCAAGAAGUCGUCGUCGUCAUCGUUUAGCAACAAGGACAAUCACGUCGAAACGAGUGGUUGGUACGAUGACUGA